UAAGCAUUCUAUGAAAAGAUAUUUUCUUGAAUCUUCACAUUUACACCCCAAAAGAAAAAAUUCUAGCGGAAUAAGCUACUGUUUUGGCUUCCUCUCAGGUCUGCCACAGCUCUUGUAUUUAAAACCGGCUUCAAGUUGGUCACGGCUCACAUUUGUAAAUUCGGUAUUAUUCACUACACACUUCAUUAUUAUGUUGACUUUCCUUUUGUGUCUCUAUUGGUUCGGUAUAAACAGUCAACAUACUUUGUUGACCAGAAGAAAAGGUUGAUCACCGACUAGUCAAGGAGGACUGAGACUACGUGAAAACAGUAAAGGGGCUAAAACUGAAAUAAAGCACUUCAGUUUAAACUAGGUUCGAUGACGUGGCAAUCAGACAUGCAACAAAGCAAUGCCCGCGCAACACCUGGUCAAAACCCCAUACGUCUGCAAAUGUCUUCGCAAAGCUCAGGUGAUAGAGAACUGAGAAUCUCCAGAGACAAAUUAGACACUUUGUCCUAUUUCUAGAGCGGCGAUAUUAAUUAUACCAGAUUAUCAAUCUCACCUCUCGUGGCGACUGUUGUGUACGCGGGAGCCUUCAUGGAGGUGGAGCCGGUGGGAGGAGUUUCUAAGGAUACAGUAGAAGCGUCGACGGUGUUUCCAGGGUUCAAGUUCUCGCCGACUGACGUGGAGCUGAUCUCGUAUUACCUGAAGCGGAAGAUGGACGGCUUGGAGCGGUCCGUCGAGGUUAUACCGGAAACCGAUAUUUACAACUUCGAGCCUUGGGAUUUGCCCGAUAAAUCGAUAGUUAAAUCCGAUACCGAAUGGUUCUUCUUCUGUGCACGUGGCAAAAAGUAUCCACAUGGGUCACAGAACAGGAGAGCAACCAAGAUGGGAUACUGGAAAGCCACUGGGAAAGAACGUGAUGUUAAGUCUUCCUCGGAAGUGAUCGGGACAAAGAGGACGCUUGUCUUCCAUAUUGGUCGUGCACCAAAAGGCGAAAGAACAGAGUGGAUCAUGCACGAAUACUCCAUGAAAGGAGUAUCACUGGAUGAUGCUUUGGUUGUUUGCCGGCUUAGGAGAAACAUGGAAUUUCAUAAAGCACCAGAGCCAAAUUUAGCAGCCGAUAAGCACAUGAUCUUGACAGAUGAUCCGGUUAGUUCAGGUAGCCCAUAUGAUUGGGACAGCAUGGUUGAUUUUUACCUUGCAGGUGAAUCAAGUGAAAACCUUCUCACUGAGAUGGCAGAGACAUCAAGAAAUGUACAGGUGCAUACCGAUGAAGAUCUCUUUGCGGAUAUGCUCAGCGAUGAAAUCAUCAAUCUUGAUGAAAUGGUGAUGACAGGGAACACACCAAACGAAGUGCCAACACUUGAAUCAGCAUCAUCGGCCAUAAGGGUACUUCCUUUACCAAACAUGAUAGACAGACAGAUGGCUUCACUGGUAGAGGAAAUACCACCACAAAAGAAGAAAGGGAAAGAUAACAGUGGCACUGAACCAUUGUCGAGCUGCUUUGUGGGACUAUACCAUAUCAAAACGGUGAACCGAGCACGAUGGGAUGUUAUUAUAUUUGUAGUGGUUCUGCUUGCUUUGUUGUUUCAUCUAGAGUAAGGCUAUAUAAGUAGUAGUAGGAAGCCAUGUCCUGUCUCAUUCUUUCUGUUCAUUGCUUCCUAUCCAUGUUUAUGUUUAUGUGUUUUUGUGUAUAGACGCGGUUUAUAUGUUCAUUUGGCGUUUAA